GCGUCGGGGAAGCGGUAGCAGCCACCCUCCUCCCGCGGGCUGCUUCUUACGACUUUUCUUUUGUUGUUGCCGUGACCCGGGUCUGUUUUCUCGUCUGCUGUUGAAGGUGUUUUCCUGCUGCACCAGCUCUCCGCCCUCCACCUCCUUCCCUGUGGUUUAACCUUCCUCUUUCCCCGUGUGUUUUAUGCACGGUGAACUGCGUGGAGAUUUGCAUUACUUCUCCCCCACCCUCGUCCCUACUCCGCACCCUCGCCCCCACCCCUUGGAAAAACAAAACCCCAACCUCGCAGACCGUCUCUGCACCCCGCGGUAGCAAGACUGUGAAGGGGUUGAUUUGUGGGGUGGGAGUCGCUGGCCCAUUGCGGUGCUUGGGACUCAUUAAACUGUCACUCAGCCCCCACCCCACUGGGUAAAUGGGGUGAUUAAUGUCUGAUAUAUUGGAAUGGGGCGAGGGCAUUUGUGGAGAAUAGGUUGUGUGGCUGAGAAGGAAUGCAGCUCCGAAGAGUGCCUCCUGGAAUAGGCGUUCGUCAUUAUGUCAUUCACCGCGAAGUUAGAGAAAGUUAGGUUUGUGACUUUGGCAAAGCGAGGACAGGACAGAGACGUUGGUUUUUGUUACUCUUUAACUCUGCCGCGGUUUCCUGAGGAGGACGGAGUGGUGAUCACCAGGGCUGCGACACUCGCGCCUCAGGCCUUUUCUACGCCUCAGCCUCCCGAGAGUCUGUGAAGAUGUAUUUGACAUUCACAGAUGUCGCAGCACCUUGCAGGGCACUGGUCAGCCCAGCCCGGGUUACGUGACGAUUUCAUCAGCCAUUAGAAAAGACCCACAAAGUCGAGCUAAAAAGUUCCCAAACUUACUAGACCUGCCCCCCCUUCUUACUGAAAGCUUAAAGGUUUUCCUGUGAUCAUGAAACAUUACAGAGUGACCCAAAAAAGAGAUUGUUAUGGGACACAGAUCAAGGGGAAGACAAAGUUCUGCUUCUGAGCAGAGAGUCAGAUCCGAUAUGCAUACGCAGGUGCCGCGUUCAUUUUAAGUGGCUGUACCAGCUUGUAUCAGUUUAUUACUUUGUCUUGUUGAACUGAAGUACUUUCCAGGAUUUCAGAAAGUACAGUUUCACCUUGUUGAUACUGAGAGUUGAAAUUUGCAUUAACUGGCAAUGUGAGAAAUUUUAUUGAGAAGGUAGUAGGAGAUACACAGUUAAAAUAAGAGCAAAAUCAUAAGGUGAAUCGGGCUGGAGUAAUAGUUCUGUAUCGUCUUCCAACAUUCUGAGACACGUAUGCCAUUAUCUCGGCACAGAAAAAAAAUGAAAGUACCGUAAUAAUGUUGAAAUGGGACUGGAGAUGUCAAUUGGGUUGGUUUAAAAAUAUCCCUGAGCUGCCUUUGAAACUAAACGUUGGAGUUGAAUAAAAGUGAAUCUGGAUUUCCUGAAUAGCACCGUGGCUUGAGUGUGCUGUCAGUAUGUAAGCCAGUCCACCAACUUAAGACAGAAGUGUUGCUAUUCCAUAAAUACAGUAGAACUCCAUAUGCUGAGUUUUUCCAUUUCUUUCUGUUAGAAAGUUUGGGAAAAAAAGGGAGACUUUGAAGUAUUUUGUUUAUACUAACAGAAGAGAAAAGUUCUCCUAAGAAAAAGCUGGUGGCAGGCGUAUAGAGGAGUAGCAUAUGGCAUUAAAAGGAGCACAGCUGGAGGUAGCAUUUCCAUCUGAACAUGAUGUCAGAGCAGCUGACAGCCUGCCAUCCCUCAGCCUUUUAUUCUAACACACAGACAGGGAGCUAGUGUGUGCGGAUCUGUGGUGGGGAAGGUAUCUUAUUCCUCUCUAACAUCAUCUCCACUUUGCAUCUGUCUCUCUUAGUCUGCUUUUUUUCCACCGAUGUAACAGACCUGGAGCCAGCGAGACUCAGAGGAAAGGACUUAAUCAGGUUUAUGUGUCCUAAAGGUAGGAGUAGCAAGAGAUUAGACUGAGCAUAUUUCUGUUUUGGUGUUUUGUUUAUUUAAUUAAAAAAAAUCACAUUACUUUUCUAACCCAGUUUAGGAAUAAGAUAUGAAACCGAGUAUUAAAUGAACAUCUUAUUGGAGUUGAAAGUCUUGGGCUUGUUGAGUUUUAAUUUUUAUUCCCUUUUGCUCGAGCAAGUAAAUAACUUUAAUACACAGAAAUAUUUCAAGUUUUGAAAUGUUAAGAAAGGCUUUGAAAUGUUGCUUUUUGAGAUCACUUUGGAUUAAAAUGCUUCUUGUGGUUCACUGCUAUUUAGAUUCCUUUUGGUUUUGGGGUGGAGGGGGGAGAGAAAUAGUAAACUGUCUGGAAUCCAGCAUUCAAACUUAUAUGAGAAGAUUAUUCUAGUUAAGAAGCUAGAUUGUUGUGUAAUUAAUUCCACGGUGAAACUUUAUUCUUCAAAACAUUCAGCAGCACUACUGAAACAUACAGCUGUAGUGCUUUUGAAACCGAAGGUUUUUUAAAAAGGGGAAAAAAAAAACACUUUUGUCCCCAGGAGAAUAGUUUGACUGGUUUCCUCAUUUCUCUUUCAAAUAUAUAUUUAAGAGAGCUUUUAUUUCAGCAUAACAAUAAUUAUUUGCUGGAGUUUUUGUGUUAGCGACUAAUUUAGAACUUGUAGAUUUGAGCUGCCUGAAUUGGCCAGACAGCUGUAAUCGCACUCCUCUAUUCUUAAUCUCUUUAUCUGGGCAGCAGCUGCCAUAUGGCCACAGUCAGCUGGAUCAGAUGUUUAUAAGCUUCCUUCUUCGUCCCUCUCUGUCCUCUCAGCCUCCUAAUUUGAUCACGGCUACCUUGUGAGCUGCCCUCCAAUCUUUAUUUUUAGCCCUCUCAAGGAUUAGGAUUGAUGUUAGCUGUGGGGCACUUAAAGUGAUUGUAUUGUAAAUCUUGGUUUAUUCUAGCGGUGGCAUCGUGCGGAAGGUAUUUGGGGGCUAGGAUGAAAGUUUUAGUCCAUCUUGGGCAAAGUGGAGAAAAAGCAGGGAGGUAAUUUCUGUAAUAUUAAAUUGCUAUGUGUCCGUUCCCCAAAUGCGCUCUCUGAGCUGCUUGGUGUGGAACCUUGCUUCUGGUCACAGGAAAGGGGAAGUCGGGUUUUCUUGAUUUUUUUAAGGACUUGAAUUUUGCAGUUGAAUUUUGACCCUUUGUACAUCUUCGCCUUUCCUCUCCCUCCAUCUCACCCUCCUUCACCAGAAAACAAGGGCAGCGAUGCAUAUUUGAAAGAAUAGAAGCUAGUGGGAAAACAAAAUAUAUCAAGUUUUAUUGAAACAAAGUAUUUUCUGUUGCAUGAGGUAAGGCAGAGUCAGAAAAAAAAAAUAGUUUCUCUUUUCUAGCAAGGCUUUGGGGGGGGCGGAUGGUGAACCUGUAAAGCUUCUGAAUACGAUAUGCCUUCGUUUAAAAGUUGGCCAUAAUUUUAGUAUGGAAUUCAUUUGCUUUGCAACGGAUCAAAGUUCAGGUUAUGAAGACAGUAUGGAGUUUCCAGACCACAGUAGACAUUUGCUGCAGUGUCUGAGCGAGCAGAGGCACCAGGGCUUCCUUUGUGACUGCACUGUUCUGGUGGGAGAUGCCCAGUUCCGCGCGCACCGAGCUGUACUGGCUUCAUGCAGCAUGUAUUUCCACCUCUUUUACAAGGACCAGCUGGACAAAAGAGACAUUGUUCAUCUGAACAGCGACAUUGUCACAGCCCCAGCUUUCGCUCUCCUGCUUGAAUUCAUGUAUGAAGGGAAACUCCAGUUCAAAGACUUGCCCAUUGAAGACGUGCUCGCAGCUGCCAGCUAUCUCCACAUGUAUGACAUUGUUAAAGUGUGCAAAAAGAAGCUGAAAGAGAAAGCCACCACGGAGGCGGACAGCACCAAGAAGGAGGAGGACGCCUCCAGUUGCUCGGACAAAGUCGAGAGCCUCUCGGAUGGCAGCAGCCACAUGGCCGGCGACCUGCCCAGUGACGAGGACGAGGGCGAAGACGAAAAGCUGAACCUCCUGCCCGGCAAACGCGACCUGGCGGCCGAGCCCGGGAACGUGUGGAUGCGCCUGCCCUCCGACUCGGCGGGGCUGCCCCCGGCCGGCGCGGACGCCGAGCCGCACGCCGCGGCAGCCGGGAAGACAGUGGGCAGCCCCUGCAGCUCGACAGAGUCUUCGUCGCAGAGGUCUGUCAGCUCCGUGAGGGACUCGGCAGAUGUUGACUGUGUGCUGGACCUGUCAGUCAAGUCCAGCCUUUCGGGAGUUGAAAAUCUGAACAGCUCUUAUUUCUCUUCACAGGACGUGCUGAGAAGCAACCUGGUGCAGGUGAAGGUGGAGAAAGAGGCUUCCUGUGAGGAGAGCGAGGUUGGCGCUAGUGACUAUGACAUGGAACGUAGCGCUGUGAAAGAGGGCGCGGGCGCCGCGGCCCGGGGACCCUACGAGCCGGCGCACCUGGCCCCGCUGAGGGAGGACUCGGUGUUGAGGGAGCUCGAGCGCGACGACAAAGCCAGCGACGACGAGAUGAUGAGCCCGGACGCCGAGCGCGGCCCGGUGGAGGGCGGCAUGGACGGCGGCCUGCUGCCCUACGUGUCCAACAUCCUGAGCCCGGCCGGCCAGAUCUUCAUGUGCCCGCUGUGCAACAAGGUCUUCCCCAGCCCGCACAUCCUGCAGAUCCACCUGAGCACGCACUUCCGCGAGCAGGACGGGCUGCGCAGCAAGCCGGCCGCCGACGUCAACGUGCCCACCUGCUCGCUGUGCGGCAAGACGUUCUCGUGCAUGUACACGCUCAAGCGCCACGAGCGGACCCACUCGGGCGAGAAGCCCUACACGUGCACGCAGUGCGGCAAGAGCUUCCAGUACUCGCACAACCUGAGCCGCCACGCCGUGGUGCACACGCGCGAGAAGCCGCACGCCUGCAAGUGGUGCGAGCGCAGGUUCACGCAGUCCGGGGACCUGUACAGACACAUCCGCAAGUUCCACUGUGAGUUGGUGAACUCCUUGUCGGUCAAAAGCGAAGCCCUGAGCUUGCCCACUGUCAGAGACUGGACCUUAGAAGAUAGCUCUCAAGAACUCUGGAAAUGAUUUUAUAUAUAUAUAUAUAUAAAUAAUAUAUAUAUAUACAUAUAUAUACAUAGAUCUCUAUCUAGUUGUGGUACGGUCUAAAAGCAGCCUUGUUUCCUGGAACUAAAACGUCGGGGUGUUAACUCAGUUUUGCACUUUAGAGUAGCAUGAGACUCUCACUAAUUUAGCAUUCUGGUAAAAGAGACUUUCGAGCAAGUCGGAGACUAGAGAGGGCUUUCUCUUUCGAGAGGGUAGGGGAAGCAAGCCAAUAAGAACCUUUGAAACAACUCGUCCUAUCACUAGAUGCUUUCACAGGGCUUAAUUUUGUCAACACUGCAUUGUCUUCUGAGCGCUCUCUCCCUCUCUCCCUCUCUCUCUUUUUCCACUCUGUUUUGAUUUUGUGUUUCUGUUCUGUUUUGGUUUUUUGUUUUGUUUUGUUUCUUGUUUCUUUGCCUCUUUCAGAGUAGAAAUUCCCUCCAGUUUUAUUAGCCUCUUUACAUGUCACAAAUUGCAUGAAUCUUUUCUGGCUGUUGGAAACCUGAAUGCUUUUAGACCCAAAUGGAAAAUUUCUGAAAUGCUGGAUUAUCUAUUUUUAAACAAGCAGUUGACUUAAAACUUUCUGUGGCAACUUCUGGUUUUUCUGACGGUUCCCAAUGAGAGAAAUUCUGAAAGUACACUGGGAUCACUGGGACGCUGUCUUUGUGAAGGUUUGCUUGGGAUGAAAAAGGAUAUUGCAGCUUCAGCAGUGUUGAACUGUGUGUUGAAAAAUGUGAAUUACUGUUCUUGUAUACUGUAACUGAUUACACGGGCUGGGGGGGGUGUCAAAGAACUUGACAGGUUGUGUUGAUGCUCUUAGUUGAGUCUUGAAAAGUAAAUAUUAACGCUACAGAAAUGCAUGAGUUUCAAUAUAUUUUUUGUCUUUGUUUGCAUUGUAUAACUUUAACGAGUGAGUUUAAAAUUAUUUAAUUUCCUUAGAAAAAAAAAUAGCACCGUUUGGGGAAAAACUGGUGUUAUGAAGAACGUAAAUGCACUGUUUUUAUUUUUAUUUUAUAUAAUUUAAAUUGACUUUCCCACUGUCUUUAAGUUGAAACUGUUAAGCUGAAUAAAAACUUAAGCUGCAAAUUGAUAACUUCGCUACAUAACAAGGAAAAUAUAAAUGUUUACAAACGGCUUAAAGAUUUGCAUGUGCAGUGUGCAUUUAUAACAAACUUCUAAUUGCACAAAACCCAUGCCGGCUCAAAAAGUUUAGGUGUACACAUUUACCCAGUUGAGCAUUUUUAGAAUAACUACUGCACAAAUGGACAAUAGGUCAUUCUCUCUCUUCCUUUUUUUUUUUUUUUUUUUUUGGGCUCCCCUUCUCUUUUUCUUCCCUUCUCCCUUACCUUCCCCCCCCUCCCCAAUCCCCAACUCAUGAAAAGAUUCUAUGGACUGAAAAAGCCCCGGGCUGAAAGGACUGGACUGCCUUGAUUGACGUGGGGAAGGUGGGGAAGGGGGUUAGUGGACUAUGUGUAUCGGGGCAGCAGAGGCUGCAGCCCAACGUGUGGUUUUAAUGACCAGCACGCAGGGCAAAAGCAUUUUGCACAGUGUUUGUUUUCCUGUCUUGCACUUACAAAUAAGGUCUAUGGGAGUAGCAUGGAAAACGUUUGCUGUUUUUCCCUUUUUUUUUUUUAAUUGCUUUUGUUUAAAAUUUGAUCGCCUUAACUACUGUAAACAUAGCCUAUUUUUGUGCUUAAGAUACUGAAUGGAAAACUCCAUUGUGUGUUGCUGGACUGUUUUGGAAAUAUUUGGUCAAAUGUGUGUUAAUUUGGCUGUAAUGGCAUUUAAAGCAAACAAACAAACAAACAAAAAAAAGCUGUGAAAAUGGCCUUGGAGCAUUAUCUUUAGUUACUUGAAGAGUUUCUAGUUUUUUUAAAUACAGUUUAUGUUAAAAUAAUUUUUAUUAAUUUAGAGGAGACAAUCAAUGUCUGAGAAAACGGACUUUCUUUUGGAUUUUCUUUUUGUGGUCAUUGUGAGUGAUUGCUUUUUCCUUUUAUUAGUUUCACAUUCUUCCUUUGUUCUAAAACUUAGACUGACAUCUAGCUUUGACAAUCAUAGUAUGUUUUAUUUUCCUGAGGGGGGAAUAACUUAUAAUGCUGUUUAGUUUUGUACUAUUGGUGUGUUGGUGAAUUUUUAAACUGUGUGCUAACUGCAAUAAAUUAUAUGAACUGAGA